AUGACAACAGAGAAGAGUCUAGCGGCGGACGCCGACAAUUCGGAGCAGCAGCAAGCCAAAGAGGAGGAAGGAGCUGCUGAAAUACAAAAGCAAGAGGCUUCCCUAGAGGAAGGGGCUCAGCAGACGUCGGAGGGACAGCCUGCAGCGGGGCAGAAGCAGAAGACCUCCAACGGCGAUACACCCACGCACGAGGAGCAGAGCAAGAAGGAGCGCCGCACCUCCGAGGGCCGGGGUCUCUCCCGCCUGUUCUCAUCCUUUCUCAGGAGGCCCAAGUCUCAGGUGUCCGAAGAGGACAAAGACACUGAUGCUCCUAAAGAGGCAGGAGGUGACCAGAAAGACCCGGGAUUAGGAGCCAGCCCUGAUGAAGACAUCCUGGUGAAAGCCCCAAUUGCAGCUCCUGAGCCUGAGCUCAAAACCGAUCCAUCGCUAGAUCUCCAUUCCUUAAGCAGUGCGGAAACACAGCCUGCGCAGGAGGAGAGGAGGGACGACCAGGAGCCAGACAACAGAGACCUCGGGGGCAAGGAAGGAGGGGAAGCCAAGGAAGAGUGCGCCAAGCCAGAGCCGAAACAAGAGACCCCGGAGACCAAAGCAGAGAAGGAUUUGAAAGCUGCCCAGAAAGCAGUAAAAAGACACAGAAACAUGUACUGCAAAGUCGUCUUGCUGGAUGACACCAUUUUUGAGUGUGCCGUGGAUAAACACGCCAAGGGGCAGGAUCUACUUAAAAAAGUCUGCGACCACCUCAAUCUCCUGGAAGAAGACUAUUUUGGUUUGGCCAUAUGGGACACGCCAACCUCCAGGACGUGGCUGGAUCCUGCCAAAGAAAUUAAAAAACAGGUUCACGGAGGCCCCUGGGAUUUUACCUUCAAUGUCAAGUUUUAUCCACCGGAUCCCGCGCAGCUGACAGAGGACAUAACCAGGUAUUACUUGUGUCUUCAACUUAGACAAGACAUCAUGACAGGGCGGCUGCCCUGUUCCUUUGCGACUUUGGCUCUGCUGGGUUCGUACACGGUCCAGUCCGAGUUGGGAGACUACGAUCCUGAUCUGCACAGCCCGGAUUAUAUCACUGAAUUUAAAUUGGCCCCGAACCAGACAAAAGAACUGGAAGAGAAGGUUGUGGAGCUUCAUAAAACGUACAGGUCCAUGACUCCAGCUCAAGCAGACCUGGAAUUUCUUGAGAAUGCAAAAAAGCUGUCUAUGUAUGGAGUUGACCUUCACCAAGCUAAGGACUUGGAGGGAGUGGAUAUCACUCUGGGAGUCUGUUCCAGUGGCCUUCUUGUUUACAAAGAUAAACUGAGAAUCAACCGCUUCCCUUGGCCCAAAGUCCUGAAGAUUUCCUACAAACGCAGCAGCUUCUUUAUUAAGAUUCGGCCCGGGGAGCAAGAACAGUAUGAAAGUACAAUUGGAUUCAAGCUGCCAAGUUAUCGGGCAGCGAAGAAGCUGUGGAAAGUAUGUGUUGAGCAUCACACGUUUUUCAGGCUGACUUCCACCGAGGCCAUCCCGAAGAGCAGGUUUCUGGCGCUGGGCUCCAAGUUCCGCUACAGUGGCCGGACGCAGGCGCAGACGAGGCAGGCAAGUGCCUUGAUUGACCGACCCGCUCCACAGUUCGAGCGGACGGCAAGUAAGCGAGCCUCCAGGAGCCUUGAUGGAGCUAAACGUGCGACUCAAAAAGUUGAGUUCAGAGCCGUAGAGGAAGAGAAGCAGGAGGAGGUGGUGGUGGUUGAGGUUCCUGAACCAAAACCCGCGGAUCAGGUCCGAGAGAAGCCAGCAGUGGCCGUGAUAACCCCUGAGAGGAGUCCCCGUCCCACCUCUGCCCCGGCCAUCGCUCAGAGCCACGCUGCAGAACCACUCCCAGCUAAGCCCGACGUGAAGGACACAUUCGCUGCCUCUAAAGUAGAAAAGGAAGCGGCGAAACCCGAUGUGAGACGUGAAGAAAUCCCACUGGAGAAAGCCAAGCCAGAGCCAGCCGAUACAUCAAAGAAAAGAUCAAAGAGGCUAGAUGGUGAAAACAUUUAUAUCAGGCAUAGCAAUUUAAUGUUGGAGGAUCUAGAUAAGACCCAAGAAGAAAUAAAGAAGCAUCACGCCAACAUCAGUGAAUUGAAGAAGAAUUUUAUGGAGUCCGUCCCGGAGCCUCGGCCGAGUGAAUGGGACAAACGCUUGUCCACUCACUCCCCUUUCCGGACCCUCAAUGUCAACGGGCAGAUUCCCACGGGAGCGGAUGGACCACCGCUAGUGAAGACACAGACAGUCACCAUCUCCGACGUGUCCAGUGCCAUCAAAAGUGAAAUUCCCACGAAGGAAGUCCCCAUCGUCCACACGGAGACGAAGACUAUCACCUACGAAGCUGCACAGACAGAUGGUGGCAAUGGAGAUUUAGACCCUGGCAUCCUGCUGACUGCUCAGACCAUCACUUCGGAAACCACCAGCAGCACCACCACCACGCAGAUCACGAAGACUGUAAAAGGUGGCAUUUCAGAGACACGGAUUGAAAAGAGGAUCGUCAUCACAGGAGAUGCAGAUGUAGACCACGACCAGGUUCUAGCGCAGGCGAUAAAAGCAGCGAAGGAGCAACACCCGGACAUGUCGGUGACCAAAGUGGUUGUGCACCAGGAGACCGAGAUCGCAGAGGAGUAGCGAGGCUGUGAAGCGUUCCUGCCAGACACAACGCCAGGAAAAAGAGACCCAGCAAAACUACCAAGAAACUACCUGGAGCACAAAGACCUCGGAUUUACAUGACUUGACACUCAGAGACAUUCAUAUCAUUUAUUAGGAGUUGCGCUUUGACAUUUUACUUGGGAUUUUCCAGACUCCACUGGAUCCUAUUGGAUAUAGAUUUUUUUUUUAAUACAUAUAUAU